CACAGUUGUUGUGGCGGUUCGAUGGUUUCCACCUGCUCCGUUUGUCCGUCAGCGUCCCUCCCUGCAGGCACCCGUAUUUGCAGGUUUUAUCCGGCAGCUCAGCUCAGCUCAGCUCAGGUGGAGACUGGUUUUCUCAUGUGAAGUCCACCGUCCAACACGAGACAUGAGAGCCGGGAGCCCGGUGCUGUCAGCGGGCAGGAGGAGAAGGACCAGCGGCGCCCCGAGUCCGAGGAGCCGGAGCCUUCGCAGCCAUCUGUCGGUCUUCUGCCGGAACAAGAGCCCGACGGCGGCGGAGGAUCCGCGGGUCCCGGUUCUCCUGCUGCAGGACAUGCACCUGUGCUACCGGCUGCUGCGGCAGCUGGUGCCCGGUCUGCCCCCCGGACGAGCGGCCAGCCGGGUGGAGAUCCUGCAGCAUGUCAUCGACUACAUCCUGGACCUGCAGGCCGAGCUGGACGCGUCCCGCCCGGCCAGAGACCGAGGAGAACCACAGCGGGGAGAAGUCCACCACUGUGACCGGCAGCAGCAGCACCAACAGCGGCCACACAGCAGCCAGAGCUCCGGUGACAAGGUCCACACCUGCCAGAAAGGAACCACACCUGAGAUCAGCCGAUCAUUUAAACCUGCAGACUGACAGGAAGUCACCUCAGGAGUCUGCGGUCACUGGACUCUUAUUCUGAAAACUUAGAGGACCUUUAUUAUGACAGAUGGAACGAAAGCGGGAGCAGUUUCCUGGACGUUUUAUUGUUGUAAAUCCUGAAACUGAAAUGUGAUGAAUCUUUUCUGCAGCGAAUAAACGACAGCGUGUCAGCAUCA